UUUGGACGCCAAAUGUCCUUUCCAGCGCCACCACUGGGCCCUUCAUUAUCCUAAGCUCCAAGAACCACCACAAACGGUGGCGCGUAGUCAUCCAAGCGCGUGGCCUAAUCCCUUCAAUCUCCUCUCCAGAAAAUUGCUAUUGGCCAAGAAACCUUCCACAACAUGCACUAUUGCACUUCACUCACUCACACAUCUACUUCUCCUUUCAACUCCCCCAAGAGGACCAGGACAAAACGACUGAUCUGAGACUACUGCCUUCUUCAACUCCGCAGUCCCAUUACGUCUCCUCCAUUUUCCCCUCAUUUUAAAUUGCAAUCUCGCUGCGCAAUACGCACCCUGAUUCUUUAUAACUCCAUCCCAUCAUCAUCAUCAUCACCACCACCAGCAGAAGUAGUACAGUACAAUCACUCCAGAGCCUCGUGGCAAUAGCAUCAUUGGAUUGAAUGUGACUUGGGUAUUGCUCUUGUGAUUUUUCUGCUUGAGGAAUUGUAGGAAACCUGUUUUGGAAGUCUUGGCUUUGGUUUUGGAAGUCUUGGCUUUGGUGGUGUAUUCUGUGGUUGAUGAGACUUCGGUUGUUUGCUGAAGCUGUAAAGGCCUAAUGAAUGUUUUGGGAAUUCUGGCAUCUGGGUUUGUCUCGCUUUGGUGUUCACCAUAAUGGGCUGCGCUUAUUCAAGGGCUUGUAUUGGAGGGAUAUGUGCACCAAGAGAAGUCAAGGUUAAGGAAAGUGACAAGGUUAAAGCGGCUGAGAUUCGAGUGUUCUCACCUGCUUCUACAGAUGAAGAAGGGGAAGUUAGAGAUCAAUUUAACCAGUCAAGUUUAACUAGUGAUCAUGAGGUAGGUAUAAGUAGACUGUCUAGGGUCUCAGCCCAAUUUUUGCCCCCAGAAGGCUCACGGACUGUGAAGGUUCCGACAGGGAAUUAUGAAUUGAGAUACUCAUUUCUAUCUCAGAGAGGGUACUAUCCCGAUGCACUUGAUAAAGCUAACCAAGACAGUUUUUGCAUUCAUACUCCAUUUGGAACAAGUCCAGGUGAUCAUUUCUUCGGGGUUUUUGACGGCCAUGGGGAGUUUGGGGCUCAGUGUUCGCAGUUCGUUAAUCGGAAAUUGUGCGAAAAUUUGCUUAGGAAUGGUAAGUUUCGUGUGGAUGCUGUUGACGCAUGUAAUGGAGCAUUCUUAACGACAAAUGCUGAGUUACAUGCUGACGAUUUGGAUGACAGCAUGAGUGGGACUACAGCAAUUACAAUAUUGGUCCGUGGUACAACAAUUUAUGUUGCUAACUCAGGUGAUUCAAGAGCUGUUAUAGCUGAAAGAAGAGGGGACGAUAUUGUGGCUGUUGACCUUUCAAUUGAUCAAACUCCAUUUCGACCUGACGAGCUUGAAAGAGUUAAGCUUUGUGGAGCAAGAGUUCUCACUUUGGAUCAAAUUGAAGGACUGAAGAACCCCGAUGAGCAAUGUUGGGGCACUGAAGAAGGCGAUGAUGGUGAUCCACCAAGAUUGUGGGUACAACAUGGGAUGUAUCCUGGUACGGCAUUUACACGGAGUAUAGGUGAUUCUAUUGCUGAGACAAUUGGAGUCGUUGCAAAUCCUGAAAUUGUUGUUUUUGAGCUCACACCCAAUCAUCCCUUCUUUGUGCUUGCCAGUGAUGGGGUCUUUGAAUUCCUUUCCAGCCAGUCUGUUGUGGACAUGGUGGUAAAACACAAGGAACCUCGUGAUGCUUGUGCUGCAAUUGUGGCGGAAUCUUAUCGUCUAUGGCUUCAGUAUGAAACUCGUACAGAUGACAUUACUGUAAUAGUUGUGCAAAUUAGUGGCUUAACUCAGGCUGCUGUUGCUCAAUCACCAAGUUCUAAUGUGGUUUUAAGACCCCCACUACCUCAAGUUGUUGAGGUGUCAGGAUCAGAGUCUCCUUCAGUUUUGAGCUGGAAUUCUAAAAUCCACCGUGUAAGGCAAGAUGUGUCAAAGGCACGACUUCGAGCUAUAGAGAGUUCUUUGGAUAAGGGGCAAAUGUGGGUUCCUUCUUCUCCAGCUCACAGAAAGACAUGGGAAGAAGAAGCACACAUUCAGCGGGCAUUGCACGAUCAUUUUCUUUUCAGAAAACUUACAGAUUCUCAGUGUCAAGUUUUGUUGGAUUGCAUGCAAAGGGUUGAAGUUCAAGCAGGAGACAUUGUGGUGAAGCAGGGUGGUGAAGGUGACUGUUUUUAUGUUGUUGGAAGUGGAGAAUUUGAGGUCUUGGCCACACAGGAAGAGAAAAAUGGGGAAGUGCCUAGGGUUUUACAACGGUACACAGCUGAGAAGUUAUCAUCGUUUGGAGAGCUGGCAUUGAUGUACAACAAGCCCCUCCAAGCUUCUGUUCGUGCUGUAACCACUGGAACUCUAUGGGCGCUCAAGAGAGAGGAUUUUAGAGGAAUUCUUAUGUCAGAGUUCUCUAAUUUGUCAUCAUUGAAGCUUUUACGGUCGGUGGAUCUUCUCUCAAGGUUGACAAUACUGCAGCUAAGUCAUAUUGCUGAUUGUCUUUCAGAAGUGUCUUUCUUGAAUGGGCAGACAAUAGUUGAAAAGAAUGAGGACCUCAUGGGUUUAUAUAUUAUCCAAAAGGGAGUGGUGAAAAUCUCAUUUGACAUGGAUUCCAUGAAAAAUAGCAAUGCGACCAGCCUUUUGUCUGAAAACCAGGAGGAUGAUGACCUGCAGAAUGAGGUGCUUGCAGUGGAAAAGUCUGAGGGGAGUUAUUUUGGAGAAUGGAUGCUUCUUGGUGAACAAAUUGCAUCCCUAAGGAUCAUUGCUGUGAGUGAUGUUACUUGUGCUGUCUUAACAAAAGAAAAGUUUGAAUCAGUUGUGGGUCCUCUGGCAAAGCUAUCACAGGAUGAUCCUAAGCCAAAAGACUAUCCUGUGAGCUUAUCAGAAUCUAUGGAUAUGUACGAUGCUUCAACACUGGAUAAGGUUCAGCUUUCUGACUUGGAGUGGAGAACGUGCUUGUAUGCCACAGAUUGCAGUGAGAUUGGCCUUGUAUGUGUGAGAGACUCAGAUAAAUUGCUUAGCUUGAAGAGGUUUUCCAAGCAGAAGAUUAAAAGACUGGGAAAACAAACGCAGGUUCUGAAAGAGAAGAAUCUGAUAAUGUGCACAAGCCCAUCUGCUGGAGUGCCUCGAAUUGUAUGCACCUCUGCUGAUCAAACACAUGCCGGCAUACUUCUGGAUACACGGCUUGCUUGCUCUUUAGCUUCUAUUCUUCAGAGCCCACUUGAUGAACCAUGUGCACAGUUCUGUGCUGCCUGUGUUGUUACUGCUCUGGAAGAUCUGCACAAGAUUGGCAUUCUUUACAGAGGUGUGUCUCCUGAUGUUCUAAUGUUUGACCAGAUGGGAUAUAUACAGCUAGUAGACUUCAGAUUUGGGAAGAAGUUUUCUGGUGCGGCUGGUGAUAGAACUUUUACAAUUUGUGGGAUUGCAGACUCUUUAGCUCCUGAAAUUGUCCAAGGGAAAGGGCAUGGUUUUCCUGCUGAUUGGUGGGCUUUGGGAACCCUGAUCUACUUCAUGUUACAAGGUGAAAUGCCAUUUGGAUCAUGGAGAGAAAGUGAGCUUACGUAUGCAAGAAUUGCAAAAGGACAGCUAACUCUUCCACAAACUUUUAGUCACCAUGCUGUUGACCUUAUCACAAAGUUACUUGAAGUAAAUGAAAGUUCAAGACUCGGAAGUGGAGGAGUUGGCUCUCUAAAAAGUCAUCCAUGGUUUGAUGGCGUGGAUUGGAAAGGAGUCAGAGAACGUACAAUUCCAACUCCUCAUGAAAUAUUCUCUCGUAUAAAUCAACACAUGGAAAGCCCUUCUGAAGAUAAUGCAUCCCCACUUAAUUCUCCUGUUAACGACCUGGAAGAGCUUAACAACCCAGAAUGGCUGGAGGAUUGGUAGAAAUUUGCUUUGGCAUGCAAAAUUGACUUUGUUGGCAUUCAAGUUUGAUUGGCUGAAGUGCCAAGAUACAACCUCUUGAUCAUCUCACCUGUAUUUUAGGUGGUAGCAUGGAGAAAAUGUCUUGUGUUGCUUACUUUGCUAUAGAGAACCACUCACUGAUAAAACCAAUUAACAGGUUGCUCCCUCUGUACAUAACUCAAAAUGCAAAUGAUUUGAGUGGUUUUCUUGCUUCUUCUGUCCUCCCAUUUCUUUAAUGAGAGUGGAGAUCCUUGUAAGAAUGCAAUUGCCAGAUAGAUAGCAGUUUAGCAAGGUUCCAGAAAUUCUCAGUUAAUAAUAAUAGGUUUCUUGUAUCUCUUGGUAAAAUGAUUUAACGAUUGUUACCUCAGGAAUUAAGAUAUGUGGAAUACUUUUUUGAUGGAUAUCAAAAACAUCUGUGUUAUUUUUUUUUUC